CUAACAGCGAGCUACGUGAUUGGUCCAGGCCUGAAAAACAGCCUUCAGGAUCUAGAAUGUUGUACAGGCCUUGCAUUCGCACCAUGAGAAAUAUAACUUAAUUUAAUAAUACGACUGCGGAAAUACUGUUCAAACCGGAAAAGUGGAAUUAAAACAAGACAGUAGUGACUUGAUUUGCAGACAGGAUAAAAAGAGAAUGGACCACGGUGGAGGGGUCUUGAACUUUCAGAUGCAAGACUCAAAGAUGCCACACACAAUGAUAAUGCAGGAUUUUGGUAAGUCCAUUCCAUCAAUGCAGAGAACUAAUAGUCCAUGGCCUUUUGUUUAUUUGAUUGUGUCUGUGUGCUCGAACUGUGAACAGUUCCUCCUGAUUUCCCCGGUGGCAGGUAUGGCCCACAUUGACGGUGAUCACAUUGUGGUUUCUGUGCCAGAGGCGGUGCUGGUGUCAGAUGUGACUGACGAGGAGGGAAUCAUGUUUGAGCAUGACCUGGGGUCAGAGGUUGUAGAGGGGCCAGACAUCUGCUGCAGCGAUGAUCCUGACGGCAUAAUCAUGACUGAGUCGGUCCUGGGGGCCGAGGUCGCCAUUGAGGACGUGCUGGAUUCUGACCACCAUCACCAUGUGCUGACAACAGAUCUCAUAGAGGAAUCUGAUAGGGUUCCUGACCAGGUGUUUGAAAUUGUCACGGAGGAGGUCAUGGUCUCCAACUGCAACUCAGAGACGUAUGUGGAGGAGCAGGAGGAGAUUGAAGACUCUGCAGUCACCAUCCAGGAGCCGGACGACGAUGCUGGAGAGAGCGUCUCCGAGGACUACCUGAUGAUCUCCUUGGACGAUGUUGGGGAGAAGUUGGACAUGGAGGACACGCCCCUGAAGAUGGGUUCUGAGGUGAUGGAGGAUGGCUCCAAAGAGGGUGACUAUGACUCUGAGUGCAUCAAAGUCUACAUCUUCAAGGCAGAGGCUGAUGAUGAUAUAGGUGGCACAGAGAUUGUAGCUGAGAGCGACUUCCACAACGGUCACGCAGUGCUGGAGACUGGGGGCAUUGGCAAGCUGUCUCGAGAGAAGAUGGUCUACAUGGCAGUGAAAGACCCAUCGCAGGAGGAUUCAGAGAUCAACUGCACUGAGAUGGCAGAUGAGGUGUACAUGGAGGUGAUAGUGGGAGAGGAGGAUGCCCCUGCCAUCCAGGACUCACUGGAUGACUCCAGCCACAAUAAGACCUUCGGCACUGUAGCCUGGGCUGCAGCUUAUGGUAACAGUUUGGACUCCAGGCUGGAGAACAAGACCAACACAGGGUCACAUUACCUGAAGAUCAGCGACAGCCUGAGUACAAGUAGAGCUCUCAAACAGAAGAUCAAGAAAAAGAAAAAGGGAGAGACACGUCAGUGUCAGACAGCUGUGAUCAUUGGUCCAGAUGGCCAGCCUCUGACUGUGUACCCCUGCCACAUCUGCGGGAAGAAGUUCAGAUCGCGAGGCUUCCUGAAGAUCCACAUGAAGAACCACCCCGAUCACAUCUUCAAGAAGAAGUACCAGUGCACAGACUGCGAUUUCACCACCAACAAGAAGGUCAACUUCCACAACCACCUGGAGGGCCAUAAGCUCAUAGUGAAGAGUGACCGGGUCCCAGAGUUCACGGAGGUCACAAGGCGUUACUGUGUGGAGAGCCCACUCAGCUCCAAUAAGCUCAUCCUACGUGACCAGGAGCCCAAGCUGCACCACUGUAAGUACUGUGACUAUGAGACAGCCGAGCAGGGCCUUCUCAACCGCCACUUGCUGGCUGUCCACAGCAAGAGCUUUGCCCAUGUGUGUGUGGAGUGUGCUAAAGGUUUCCGCCACCCCUCUGAGCUCAAAAAGCACAUGAGGACCCACACGGGUGAGAAGCCCUAUCACUGCCAGCACUGUGAGUUCUGCUGUGCCGACCAGUCUAACCUGAAGACCCAUAUAAAGAGCAAGCACGGAGCGGAGCUGCCCUUCAAGUGUGGCCACUGUCCCCAGGCCUUCUCUGACGAGCGGGAGCUGCAGAAGCACAUGGAGAUUUUCCAGGGCCACAAGACGCACCAAUGCCCGCACUGCGAGCAUAAGAGCACCAACUCCAGCGACCUGAAGCGCCACAUCAUCUCCGUGCACACCAAGGACUUCCCUCACAAGUGUGACGUGUGUGAGAAGGGCUUCCACCGGCCUUCGGAGCUGAAAAAACACACAGAGACUCACAAAGGUGCCAGGCUGCACCAAUGCCGCCACUGUGACUUUAAGACCCCAGACCCCUUCAUACUCAGUCGCCACAUCCUGUCCGUCCACACCAAAGACUUGCCCUUCAAGUGCAAGCGCUGUCGACGGGGCUUCAGGCACCAGCUGGAACUGAAGAAGCACAUGAAGACCCACAGUGGGCGGAAAGUGUACCAGUGCCAGUACUGUGAGUACAGCUCCUCGGACGCUUCGGGUUUCAAACGGCACGUCAUAUCCAUCCACACCAAGGACUAUCCCCACCGCUGUGACUACUGCACUAAAGGCUUCCGUAGGCCCUCUGAAAAGAGCCAGCACAUUGCACGGCAUCACAAGGAUUUUUUAAUGUAAAGUGCUUCUUCACACACCCUUUCCCAUAUUCAGAACAAUCUGAUUCUCACUCACUAUAGAGCAGGGAAAUACAAUUAUUUCAAUGUGAUAAAUAAAGGAUGACAAUUGUCACAUUUUCCUCGAACUGCAUUAGUAAUUUAUUAACUUGUCCUCACAUCACCAUUAGUACUCAAACCUGGGGUGCUAUUCAAACAAACCUCAAGUCAGAUAAAUCCUGAAUCAGAACACAUUUUCUCAAUAGUAUGCUUGUCUGGGUUGUUUGAAUAGCACACCACUUGUCAUAUGCAGUAUCAGUGGUAAGAUAACGCUGUAAUUUAUCUGUUGACUGUAUUCUCACUGUUGACCUUGGGGUAACCAUUAUCUGACAAGUCAUUGUAUGAUUUUUAGUAAUGUUACUGCUAGCAAAUUGUGAAAAACAUACAUUUAAAGACCCAGUUCUAAUUACAAACGUAAACAGUCAUCUGUAUCAGUUUUCUCUGUAUUCAAAAGCAUGAAAAGGGGAUGUGGACAACCCAGCUUUUUACUUGUAUUUGUCCUUUGAAAUAAUCGCUUGUCAAACAAUCAGGGGUUUUAAUUUUUCCCAUGUGUGCACUGGUAAAAUCAUGUUGCUCAAAGCCAAUGACAUGUUUACUAUCAGGAAUGUCUCAUGUAUCAGAUCCAAAUCAGUGUUAUCUAUUCUCUGUCUGUCAACUGAAAUAUUAGGAGCUUUAGUAAAUAAAGACAUCUCCUGAUGAAUUGUUCACCUCAACCUACUACUUUCAUUCACUCUUUUUGCCAUCAUUCAGUAACAAAGAAUGUACCAACAAGUGGAUUUGUGUUAAGAUGACAGUGUUUUGCAUCUUACAAUAAGGGCGCGUACUGACACCAAGUUAUCCCAUGAUUGACCUAGAGGUGAAAUUAAGAUUGUAUUUUGUUUAUUGAUUUAACAUGAUUAACAUCUGAUUUGUAGAAAAUAAAUGUUCUUUUUGAAAGCA